GCUAUAGUGGCGCGAGGCUUUCCCGAGGCCAGUCCGCCAGCCGACGACGUUGUCGUUCGUGUACCCGCGGUAGAAUUUUCGUGUCCGUGAAACGUAAUCAGGUCCUGACAAUCGGCAGGAAGAACUGUCGAGGCUCGAUAACGAGAGUUUAGCGAGAUAAAUAUCCGGGGGAAACGGAGAUCGUCGAUCAUCCUGACCAGCAGCAGCCUGCAUCGCCGGAAAACCGCCGCUGGGCCUUAGACUAAAAUCAUCGGGGCCUUCGAGGGUCGUCAACGACGGAACUGUCGACGCACCUCCGCCAAUCAGCGAGCCUCGAUAAGCCUGCAACAGCAACUCGCUUGUGACGUGCCUGCUUCCCACUUCCUUGAAGAUAGCACACGAUAUUACGCUCGUUUAUCGCCUCCUGACAGCUGAGCUAAUUCGGAUUCGUUUCUUAUAGCCGUGAGGCGAACUUGAACGUCACUUGUUUCGACGUUAUUCGGUCAGGUUCGAAACAAGCGAACGGAGAGCCAAGGAAAACAUGGCUGAUUGUGGAAAAGUCGAAUGGCGGGCCAAGACCCUAAGUGGCAGAAGGAUGCGGCGGAUCAAAAUUUCGACUACAUGUUCAAGCUGUUAAUAAUCGGCAACUCAUCCGUCGGUAAAACAUCGUUCCUCUUCCGAUACGCCGACGACUCGUUCACCUCGGCCUUUGUAUCGACGGUGGGGAUCGAUUUCAAAGUGAAAACCGUCUUCAGGCACGACAAGCGGGUUAAACUGCAGAUAUGGGACACGGCGGGUCAGGAGAGAUACAGAACGAUUACGACGGCCUACUACAGAGGUGCGAUGGGUUUCAUACUGAUGUACGACAUAACAAACGCGGAGUCAUUCAAUUCCGUCCAAGACUGGGUUACGCAAAUAAAGACAUAUUCGUGGGACAAUGCCCAGGUUAUUUUGGUCGGGAACAAGUGCGACAUGGAAGACGAGAGAGUCAUCAGUUUCGAAAGGGGCAAACAAUUGGCCGACCAAUUAGGCGUACAAUUUUUCGAAACAUCGGCCAAGGAGAAUGUCAACGUCAAGGCUGUGUUCGAGCGGCUGGUGGACAUAAUAUGCGACAAGAUGAGCGAAUCGCUUGACAGUGAUCCAACCCUGAUGGGAAGUGGAGGUGCAGGAACCGGGGCGAAGGGCCAGCGACUUACGGAUCAGCCGAGUAACCCCGCUAAUGCAAACUGCAACUGCUAAGGCGUCAUAAUUGCGCCUCAUGGAAAAUCCCUUUGAGUGCCGACGCUAGUUGGCUAGUCCAUAAUUUCGUCGUUCCUUGUUUGUCUCUUCUUCCUCUCCCUCUUAAUUUCACCCUCUCUCUCUCUCUCUCUCUCUCUCGCAUUCCGCCCCUGUACUUCAAUUUCCAUUCAGUCCAAGCCUUUGUUUUUACGGUUAGCGAUACUCGGUUAGACAAUACUCUCUUUACAUUCUCACCGUUCUUAUUCUGGUGUUCAAAUUUCCCGCCAUGUAGAUUUACUCGUUUGGGAUUCGCAGAAAUAUUAUACAAUUUGAAAAUUUCAUACAGCAGAUUUGAGUAAAUGAAUUUUUAUCGUCAAAUCUCGUCGGAUUUUGAAAUAUCAAUUCUGGAUCGUUUGAAAAAUUAUCAACCGAGUAAAAAAUAAUCUUAGAUUUAAGUUCACCUUUUGGUCAAAGUUGAACGUUAAUUUUAGCCUCAUUAAACCCGAGUGUUUUUCACUUCACAUAACGUAAGAGUUAAUCUACUGAUUUUAGGAUGAAAUUCGUCACGAAGAGACGGGCAAUUAAUGGAAAACUUGUUUAAAAAUAUUUCGAAAAUUUGAACACCAUUUUACGAAAGCCAGUUUAUGGUCUCUCUCAUCAUUAAACAUGAAUAUUAUUAUCAACUGGAAUAGCAGUACGGCGGCUAAAACAGAUGACAACUGUUAUGAGAGGAAAAAUUACACGAGCGAAGGAACCAAAGUAUAAACACAAUCCUGUUGCACCAGCAUCCUAUAAUAUACGAUAUAUCACUAAUGUAAUGUAAUAUUGCGCGGUGUACAGCUGAAAUCAGCGAAUUGUGAAUUUAUCAAUUAGAGUCUCAAUUAUUAGAAGAAUCUUUGUAUAUACAUAUACAUGUACACAUUACAACCGAUUGAAAAUGAGUGUGUGAUGUAUAUUUAGAUACAUCAGCUAUACAUUGUAUAAUCUAUAUUAUUAACUUAUUCUAUGACGUGUCAAUUAAAGUGAAUUUCAAUUGCCUGCUACGACGACGACGAUAAUUUUCGUCAUUGUAUACACGAUUUGUCAUUAUGUAUAGAAACUGAAUCAUAGGCCUUUUGUAACAGACAGAAAUCAAACGCGUUUAGUCAGGGGAUUCGGUGUGGAAAUGAAAUUUGGCAAUUUGGCGAAGUACAGAUCGGUGAUCCAAUCCGAUGAAGUAAAAUCGGUGUCACGAAUCAAAGUCUAGGCUUUGAAAAAAAUAAAAAAAAAAAAAAAAACAACGAUAUCAAAUUUUCAACCGAUACUCGAUUUUUACAAGCUAUCGAAUUAAUCGCUGCUAUGAUUUGUAUCCUGAAAAAUUUUAAUUCUUCUCGAAGUAUGCAAUACAGAUAAAAGGCAAAUAUUUCGAUGAAAUGAUUCUUGACAAAGUCAUCGA